AUGCAAAAAUAUAUUUCCUAUUUUGCAAAUGAAUUUUGUCAUUAUAAAAUAAAAGAUGGUAGUUCCCUUUUUCUUCAGUUUUCCUUUCCUUCUUUUUUGGAUGAACUAUUUAUACAAAAAUCGAAUAGAAAGUUCGGUACUUAUGGAGCUGUAACUAGGAGAAGACAAGAACUGAGGCAAAAGUUUUAUGAGGAAAAAUAUAAGCAUAACCCCAAUAAUAUACCAAAAUAUUCAAAGGUGAAAAAAGGAAGUAGAGGGGGAUGGAUAAAGAAUCCUUUAAAAGAAGUUACAAAAAAUUGUGGAAAUAAUUUUAAGUAUGAAGAAAAAAUAAAAGAAGAAAUUCUCUCAGAAGAAGAAGAAUGUAUUAAAAAUAUGAUAAAAAUGAGAAAGGAACUAAUGAAUAAAAGUAACAUUGAUAAAGAUUAUAAUGAACUAAUUAAUAAUGAUUCUAAAAAUAUAAACAUAUCAAAUAAUAUAUUAAAUUUUAAUUUAUUCUCUAUUUGUGAUAAUUUCAUAGAUAAAAAAAAAGAAAUAAUACAUAAAAUAGAAAGCCCUCAACAUUUUGUAGAUAAACAUAUAAAAACAUUAGUAGAUACAUAUAGUAAUAUUAAUGAAUUACACGAAAAUUAUAAUGCAAAUAAUAAUUACCCCAAAACACCUGAUUAUUUAAAAGAUAUACAUGAUAAAAAAAAAAAAAAAAAGAAACAAACAAAUCAAAAGAAUGGAAGUGGAAAGGAAAUCGAAAAUAAUUUUAUUAAUGUUAAAAUGGAACAUAAUUGUAUAAUGGAUAAAAAUGAAAAAGAAAAAGAAGAUAAUUUAAAAUGUCAUAAUGAAGAAGGUUCAAAUGUUCUUAUAGAUAAUAUGUUAAUUAAUUCAAAUAAUAAUACGAAUGUAGGGAAUCCUUUAUUUAAUUCAUUUAUAAAAACAGACGAAUUAUAUAAACAACAUGUUAUACCAUUACCUUUAGAAGAAAAAGGUAAAAAUGAUGAAAAUCAUGUUAUAGAAAAAUUCGAAUGUGAUCCUAAUAAUGAUAAUUUAAAAAAUUUAUAUAUGAAUGAACAUGAUUGGAAAAAAUUAUAUAUCGAAGAUUUACUAAAUUAUACAGAUGAAAAUGAUAUAGAUAUCGGAUGCUUAGAUAUCUUUAGUACAUUAAAUACUAUAGAUAGAAAUAGAAAACUAGGUUCUUAUUUUUCUAAAAAUAAUGCUUCAUUUAUUUUAUAUAACAAUUGUAUUAUUCCUUCAAAAUAUAAAGACGGGACCUUAAAUGAAUAUUUACAUACAAGAAAUAAAUGCUCCUUAUUUGACAAGUCAUAUCAACUUAUAAUAAAAUUAAGUGGAAAUGAUUGUUUUUAUAUAUGUAAUCAAUUUAUAUCUAGUGAUAUAUAUGAUGUAAAUAAUUACGAUGCUUUUUAUACUUGUAUAAUAGAUAAUAAAGCAUAUAUAUUGGAUACAUGUUAUGUACUAAAAGCAGAAAAAGAUAUUACAUUAAUUACAUCGGGGUAUUAUAAAAAAGGGUUAUAUGAAUUCUUAAGUGAUUAUAUCUUAUUUUGUAAAGACAGUGGUAUGGAUGUACAUAUACAAGUUGAUAUAAAUAAAAGAAUUUUAUCUUUACAAGGGCCUCUUUCAAAUAUGAUUUUUAAUGAUAUAUUAGAAUAUUAUGAUUGGAAUAAUAAAGACAAAAGUAUAGGUUAUUUGAAUAAUGUAAUUAUAAAAAAGCAUAAUAAUAAAAACGAUCAAAAAAAAAUAUGUACAGAUGUAAACACCUUAUAUUUUAAAAGUGAUGAUCAUAAUCCGAUAAAAUCGUCAUAUUUUCAAAUACCAUAUAUGAGCUUUAAAAAAUUUAAUGUAAUAAAAAAUGGGGCAAUAUUAAAUGAUAACAAACAAAAUAUAAAUAAGUCUCUUGAUAUCUAUGAAAUCAUAUGUAUAAGAAUAGGUGAUACAGGUGAAGAUGGAUAUGAAUUUAUUGUUGAUAAUAAUAUCAGUAAUCUUUUUGUAGACAUAUUUCUAAACCACAAAAUUGUAAAAUUAGCAGGUGCAUAUGCAUUAGAUAUUCUAAGAAUGGAAUCAGGCUUUCCUCUUUAUGGCACAGAUAUAAUUAAGAAUACAAGUCCCAUAACAGCUUCACUUGCAUGGACUUUGAAAUAUAAAAAAAUUAAAGAAAAAAGUAUUUUUGGAUUUCAAAAUUUAUUGAAAGAGUAUAGUAUGAAACCCAAAUUUUUACGCGUCGGAAUCUUAUCUAAUCAAUUAAUAUUUAAAACCUGUAAAAUUUUAUCCUAUCCAUAUAAAAGACCUAUAGGAUAUAUAACAUCAUGUACAUGGAGUCCAAUAUAUAAAAAGAGAAUAGCUCAAGGUUAUAUUAAAAGAGAUUUCGCAAAAAAUAAUGAGCAAGUCCUUAUAUCUAUACCAACUGAUAUACCUCAAGAUUUUUCGAAAAAAAAAAAAUAUAAAAUUUUACGCAGCAGAUCUGCACAUAAGUUUACUCUGGCUCAAGUUUGUGCAUUACCGUUCGUAGAACAUAAAUAUUAA